GCUUCCCUUCUGGUAGCUGGUAGAAAUAUAGCACACAAGCCAGAGGAAUCUUCUAAGAGACCGACUGCUUAUCGGGAAUUUACAGAAAUCUAGAAAGAUCUGCGCUGGCCGCCCGCUCAUCGAUACCGGCACGGUUCGUCCUUACCUGACCGCCGUCAUUACCCUCGGACCUGGAAGCGGCAGUGGACGAGGUGCAUUUCUCCCAGGAUGUCUAGUGUCACGCAGAUACCCGAACUGGCUCCCUUGUCAGAUCCGCUAUCACUAGCCAGGAUCUCGGUCCUCCUUGUCCCCGUCGGAGACAUUUCAAGGGCUACCUGGGACAAGUGGACUUUUCAGAUUCGUCGCUUUACCGAGCUCAGGUUGAACGAUGUACCAGGCACAAGCGGAGGUCCAGCAUCGAAGGGAGACAAGGCUCGCUUUCUGCCACCCUCUUCCCCGCCGCCCAGCACUCAUGUACACCUAUCGUUCACAACGGUUCCCCCGACAAACGAUCUAUCGCCCUUAUCACUGCUUCAGAUAUCAGCCUUCCCUCUAGCUGUAAUUGGCGUGUCAGAUCUGUCAGAUACCAGGACGAAUCACAAUCAAAAGAUCGGCCAGUUUCAGAGGGUCUUGAACGAUUUGCACGUCAAUCAUGCCAAUGGCAUGAUAUAUCCACUGGCCAGACGUUGCUUUGGAGUGGAAGAAGACGUUUCUGCCUUUCCUCUUGGAUCGACACCUAAAGCUGGCAAUUUUCCAAAGCAAAACAAGUCGACGCCGAACCUGCCUGAUUCGUCUUCUAGCACACCCAGGCGGGUCGAACAGUCUGCUACUUUCGAGGGGAUGGUCGAGAUCGACGCAUCAGACGGCUCGAACGUUCAACGCCCAAAGUCCCAGAUGGCAGACCAUGAUGCCAAAAUGUACGACAGGAAGGGCCACGAGGAGAAAAUGGUGGUCAUUCCAAAGGACGGCAAUGUCGAGAUCGUGUUGGGGAUGUUGAUGGCGGACUUGAUCGCCAGCGUCUUGACAGAGUUUGGAGAUAUGAUCUCGACACUAGAGAAGCCUACCGGAACUCAGACCCUGCAGGCUUCGAUGCUGCCUAUCUUGACCGUCAAAGGUAUCUCACGGCCGACAUUCACGACCCCCUCCAACGCCUCGGCGGGUGAAUCGAUACCUCGGCCAAGAUCAUCCAACUACUCCCUGAUCUCGGUGUCCAACACUGCCAAUCCAACGACCCCUACAUCCUCCUUCCCUUCACGGCCUUCUUCAGCUACAGGAUACACCAUCCCAGGGAUAAGUGGCUCGAACAGCAUGCCCACCUUGCCAGAGCACUCGGACCGCUUGUCGGCGCGCCCGCAGUCUGUAAUCGGGACAACAACUUUUGGAGGCGAUGCUGCUCUGCGGGGGUUUGGUAACGUGCCUGGUCCAACUCCAGCUAGACCCGACUCCAAGAACAGCGGCAACGCUACCAAAAGAGCCAGUACAGGCUUUAGCUUAAGUACGAGUAUGGGACGGGUCAUGAGUGGAUCUAAGCAUAGCAGUAGCCCAACAGAAGUGAGCUCCAGCACAAGCCCUAUUGCAGGUGCCAGCUCAAACACCUCUGCAAGCUCUGGUGUCGGCCGAUUGAGAAAGGUUACUGCCGAUUUAUGGCUGCUGAGCGGAAGGCUGCAAGAGGCCAUCACAAGCUAUCACGAAUGCAUCUCCACCUUCAAAAGCCACAACGACAGCAUCUGGCACGCAUCCGCCUGUGAAGGAUUAGCCACCGCAACCUUGUUAGAGGCCUGGGAAACACGCGACCCGGAGCACGGGAACGUACCGUUACUUACAUCGCCAGUCUUGUCCGGGGCCCAUGAUUACAUGACUCAGGCAUUGGGUCUUUACGGUAGAUCAUCUUGCCCCCCCGAAUCCUUGUUUCCCCACGGUGCGGAAUCUGGUGAAGGCGUGAUGGCCAGACUCUAUACGCUUUGUGCACUGCGAACAGCGCGUUUGCUCCUUCACGCCUGGGCAGCUGGCGGAUUUGGCGCGGCUUCACUCCAAUCGCUCGUGUCGGGACGACUGCCAAGAAGCUAUCCUCCGAUGGAUUACGCUCAUCGCCGAAGGGUCUUCCUGAAGUUGACGACAAUGUCCAAAAUCAGUCGAUCGCUUGUCACUCGGACGGCCAUAGCGGCUCAUGGGCCUUGGAUCCGAUGUUUACCAGAAGAUGUCCAGUUGGACAUACUUGUAGAGCUGGCGAAUUUUCAGCGUAUUCUGGGUCUGGAUCGAAGAGAGAUGAUCUUCGACCGAGAGCUGUCGGGAUCAGGCGUCACGGCCAUCAUGAAGGCUCGAACCGGUCAGGCUCAGACGGAGGCAGUAACCAAAAGGCGCAGGAACAGCGAUGCCUCUAUACUAAGCCAAGAAUCAACAGCGUCUACUGAACUCGACGAUCGAAGCAUGCUUUCCGCCCGAAAUACUGGCGUUCCACCUCAUACCUCAUCCAGUAGCGGCGGAUUCAUUGCGUCGAAGCGCCCAGAUUCGGAGGAAGGCACCGAUGCGAUCAUAUAUCUGCUUCAUCGUACGCUUGACAUUCUUGGUCUGGACCUAGACUUGCUCUAUGACACUCCUGGAACUAUUACUCCAUCAAACUCGUCCUAUGGCUGGCCAGAGCUUCAAGUCGAGGUCGUUCGUGAUGCAGUGACUGCAGUCGAAGCGCUACCUGAUCACCUUAGCAUCAUGCGUUUUGCUGCCGUUGCUCUGAGAACAAUGUCGAUGCAUCUGGCACCUCACUCUCAGCUAUACUUGUAUCAGGCUUAUGCCAGGGCUUGGAGUACAGCACAGCGGCGGGCGAUCACGCUUCCAUCCAGGCAAUGGUGGAUUCCGGACGGUCUGGUUGUGAGCUUGGACAUGACACCGAUCCCCCUUAACAAGAUCCCUUAUGAACAAACUCUGGCUACCGCGACAGCCAAAGAUCAACGUCUUGAUCCGUUCUUGUACAACCCUCGGGCCAAGACAUCUGCCGGCGGAAAACUAAUAUUCGUUCAGAACGAGGCGAUAGAGUGCAUCGUUACCUUGGCGAAUCCCUUCAGCUUUGACAUCGAACUUCAGGACGUUGCGCUCGCAACUACGGGAGUCCCAACGAACUGUCCUGCUCUGCCAUUGGUCUUGAUGGCAGAUAAUGUUGUGCGCGUCCCAUUGCUGGCGGUGGCCACCGAAGCAGGAGAACUCGCACUGCAGGGAAUACGGAUUAGACUACCCGACGGGCAAGAGGAAAUCCUGACACUGCCCCAUGCGUCAAUACCGGGGCUCGCGCCGGCUCCGGCGAAACCGCGAUUGGCGUACAAAUCGAUAGCGGCAGCGAAUUUACGUCCUAGCUUGCAGCGCAUGGAUAAUGCGGGACAUUCGCAGGCUAAUCGCACUAGCGGUCCUAUCCUCUGCCAGAUCAUCCCUGCUCAGCCUCUCAUGUGGAUCCGAGGCACCAAUCUGAAUCAUGGCUCACUGAUUACAUUAGAUGGCGAAAUGUUCACAAUACGUCUCGUCAUUGAGAACGCCUCAUCGCAAACGAUCGAUUUCCUCAAGCUCACAUUUACUGAUACGCUGGCGGAAGAAAGCGAACGUCUGCUCAACGAGGCUGGCCUUGACCUUGUUCAAACCCAUGCGAUCGAGACCGAGCUGCAGCAACGACCUGUCUUGCUCUGGGAACAAGCCGAUCAGCCUGUUCAUAUCCCGCCAGGUGCGCAACAAACCGUCGCAAUCCGGUACUUGGGCAAAUUCGGAUGCGAACAUGCCAUUAUCCGUAUGGACUAUGGUAAUAUCGCCAUAGCACAAAGGAAUGAGAAUGCUAGUUUCUAUUCGCGACGCAUUACGUUACCGAUCAUCACUACUGUUCAGCAAACACUUCGCUGCCGUUCUCUGGAUAUUCAACACGUCGAUCAAUUCGACGUUUCCCUGUCGGCGACACCUUCACUCACUCCGGGGCAGUCACAACGCUCGCGGAUCGCAUCGGCCCGAAUGACACCCAGGCAUCAAAGCUCGUUCCGAAACGACCGGGCGUCCCAAGAUCAUUUGCAAAACGCCUUGUCAAGUGCCUGCAAUCAACCGGAUUUCUGCAUUGCGUCCGCCUUGUUCACGAAUCCUUCGGAUCAAGCGCUCGAAGUCUGUCUGGAACGAAGACGAGAAGGAGACGAAACCUUGAAUAUCGAGCCUUUACUGGUAAGAAGGCUUCUUGCCGCUGGAGCGAGUGCAAGAGUGUUCUUCCCUGUGCGACGCUGCGCGAUGUCUCGAGAAGAGGCCAGUAGGCCAAUCCCUCAAUCCAACGCUAGGCAGUUCGUUGUCAACAAAAAGGUCGUCACGGAAACGGAGAACAUGCGCUUCUGGCUGAAGGAAGAUCUACUCAAAUCAUUCCGUGCAUGGUGGACUCUUCCUGGGUCGAAUCGAUCAGGGGAACUUGGCUUCCGCCACCUUGAGAUAGACUCAAGAGCUACCGAAGCAUACAGGCAAGAGUCGCUGUCAAUUGAGAUCGACGUGGAUAGCAAUGAUGAUGUCCGGAAGGGCGUAUCAGCUAAUGAACCGACCAAGCUACGCUUGAGCGUCAAGAUGCAUUCACCAGAAGGUCAGUAGUAUAGGUCAUCUACCAUUCGUUUCGCUAGCUUAACCGAUACGUUGCACGAAGGCGUCGCAGACGAAUACAAAGCAACGUACACUAUCAGUGUACAGCCAUACACGUUAGACAGGACCGCUAAUCAGCAGUCAGCCUACAUGGAGGUUGACGCCCUUUCACGAAACUUCAUCCACGAAGGAAAAUUGAGAGGGUUCCUUGCUUUGCACAAGGGCUUCGGCAGCGUCGAUGUACGAUCGACUUUCUUGUCUAGAGGCCUUUACGAGCUUGAUGCAACAGUGGUCUUGGACGACGAGCACGACCUGGCUGGCACACCGGCCUUACGAAAACAGACCACACGAAUCGUACGAAUUAUAUAACGAAUCAUGUAUCCAUGUCCAUAGCAGAUCUGUUAGUCUAGUCUAAUUCCAUGAACGCUCUCAGGCC